UAUACAUGGAGAAUAGGAACAAUGUGACAGAGUUUGUUCUCCUGGGGCUCACACAGAAUCCAGAGAUGCAGAAACUCUUAUCUGCUGUGUUUUUUGUCAUCUAUAUUAUCACUAUGGUAGGAAAUGUGCUCAUUGUGGUCACCAUCACUGCCAGCCCAUCCCUGGGGUCCCCCAUGUACUUUUUCCUGGCCCAUCUCUCCUUCAUUGAUGCCUGCUAUUCCUCUGUCAUUACCCCCAAAAUGAUUAUAGAUUCACUCCAUGGAAAGAAGACCAUCCUGUUUGAUGAGUGUAUGACCCAAAUCUUUGGGGAACAUUUCUUUGGAGGUGCUGAGGUCAUCCUGCUGACUGUGAUGGCCUAUGACCGCUAUGUGGCCAUCUGCAAGCCUUUGCACUACAUGACUAUCAUGAAUCGGCGAGUGUGUGGCCUGCUGGUGGGAGUGUCGUGGGUGGGAGGCUGUCUUCAUGCAACCAUACAGAUCCUCUUCAUCUCCAGAUUACCCUUCUGUGGUCCUAACGUCAUAGAUCACUUUAUGUGUGAUCUGAACCCUUUGCUGGAACUUGCCUGCACUGAUACCCACACUCUGGGGCUCUUUGUUGCUGCCAACAGUGGCCUCAUCUGUCUUUUAAACUUCCUUUUCCUGCUGGUCUCCUAUGUGGUCAUUCUGUGCUCCCUCAGGACCUACAGCUUGGAGGCGAGGCACAAAGCCCUCUCCACCUGCAUCUCCCACAUCACAGUGGUUGUCUUAUUCUUUUUGCCUUGUAUAUUUGUGUACCUGAGACCUGCAGGUACUUUAUCAAUUGACAAAGCAGUUGCUUUAUUCUACACUACCAUAACCCUCAUGUUAAAUCCCUUAAUCUAUACCUUGAGAAAUGCCCAGAUGAAAAAUGCCAUUAGGAAAUUGUGUGUCAGGAAAACUUAGGUGACAAAUAAAUAUGACUUGGGCCCAACAUUGAUUUACCUGAGGCUAUGGUCAAAAGACUGUCUCAGCAAGGAAUAUUUAUGGGAUAAAGAAAUCAACUAACUGUUAUGAAUCAUAUCCCCUGCAUUGAGUGGAGCAGAAAUAGGUGCAAGAAAAUAGAGAAUAACAUAAUGUGGGGCCACUCUUUUCAUAUUUAGAAAAUUCUACCACAAUGGAAGGAUUUUAGAAGAAUCUUAGAAGAAUUUUAGAAGAGCCUUACUAGAUUAAAGAAGAUACAUGGAUUCAUAUGUUAGCCUUCUAAUAACAAAUUAAAUAAUUAAAUUUUCCAUUAUUGGGCAGCAUUCUCUGUAAUACUCCAAGCACGUAUACAGUUAAUAUUAUCAUUUUUCAAGUGAGAAAACUGGUAUCAAGGGGAAGAUAUCAAAAAAGAUACACUGGAGAGCCAGGAAACUGACUGAUUUCCUAUAUCAUGCCCUGAACUGUCAAGCAAUGAUGAUAGCAAAAUCAGACAACUAUACUAGUUAUCAUUUAUUGAGACAGGGCCUGUGCUGAACACAAUGUAC